AUGUUAUUUGUAUUUUCAAGCUUAAGUCUUUCCUAUCCAAGUCAUUCUAGGACAAGAAGAGGAGUUUAUCUCCCUCGCUGGAGUGAAGAAGAAAAGAACUGUCCAUAUGGUGGACUUUCCGCCGGUUGGUGCGAGUUUCAUCGUUGCGGAACACCUAUAGGAGUUGUAUUAGCGAUGAAACGAAACUUAACUAAGAAUGGACAUCCAAGACCUUGGGAUCCUUCUCAUGAAGCUGGAUUCCCACGCUUUUUCCAAGAAGAAAACAAGUGGGAAUUUCCAAUUGAUCCAAUAGCACCUCCAAGGCCAUGGCGUACUGGUUGGAGUGAAGAAGAAAAGAACUGUCCAUAUAGUGGACUUACUGGCGCUCAUCAUCCUUUCGGAACACCUAUAGGAUGGUUAAUAAUGAGGAGACGAAACUUAACUAAGAAUGGAUUCCCACGCUUUUUCCAAGAAGAAAGAUACCUCAGACCUACGAAUGUUGUAUGUCGUCCUGAUAGAUUUGGCCAGCCAGUUUGCGAUAUCCACGAAGAAAACAAAUGGGAAAUUCCAUUUGACCCAACAAGAGGAUCAAAGCCAUGGCGUAUUGGUUGGAGUGAAGAAGAAAAGAACUGUCCAUCAGGUGAAAUUGCCUAUGGUUGGGGUGAAGCACAUGGCUUCAUACCACGUCCACACCCUCGUGUAAUCAAAAGAAUACCCAGAACUACGAAUGUUGAAUGUUGGCCUGAUGAAUAUGGAAUGCCAAUGUGCAGGCCCAACGAAGAAAACAAGUGGGAAAUUCCAUUUGACCCAACAAGAGGAUCAAAGCCAUGGCGUAUUGGUUGGAGUGAAGAAGAAAAGAACUGUCCAUCAGGUGAAAUUGCCUAUGGUUGGGGUGAAGCACAUGGCUUCAUACCACGUCCACACCCUCAUAUAAUAAGAUUACGCCCCAGAACUACGAACCUUUUGGAGCCAAUACGCUGA